AUGUUGCCACGGCAGAAAAUCAAAAGUUAAACCCAAAACACGUCUCCACCAAGCGAUCACAUUGCCGCAUCACCGCCGUGUGUUCGCCGGACCCCACCACAACCCCAUCCAAACCAUCCACCACCAAGAGAACUCAAUUCGAUUAACCCCCUUUCACUUCAUACUCACUAUUACCCAAUUAUUAUUAACCAUCUUGUUCGAUUCAAUCAAGAGAUAAGGUCAUGUUGAGCAGCAGCUGCAGCAGCGGCUCUGGGGGAACCGUUUACUGGUCCCGAAACGAACAACACACGAAACCCACUUCGAAUUUCAAAGGAAUUGUUGUGAUUUUCACUUGGGGUUCCGUUCAAUUGAAGGAUUAUGUUAAUCUUUAUUCGUCUUGUGGGUGGAAUUCUCUCGUUGUUGUUUCCGAUUUUCUCAAUCCAUUUUUUCCAGAGAGAGCCACAUCGCUUGCAUUUUCCGUUCUCAAUGAGCUUUUAGAGGAAUUGAGGGCUAGACCAUGUCCGUUAGUUUUUGCAGCCUUUUCGGGUGGUUCACAAGCCUGUAUGUAUAAGGUUCUUCAGAUCAUUGAAAGGACAUGUGAAGCACAUCUUAAUCUGGAUGAUAGUCGUUUGAUCAUGACCUGCAUCUCUGGUCAAAUGUAUGACUCGGGUCCGGUCAAUGUAACAAGUGAUUUGGGUGCGCGGUUUGCCCUACAAUCUUCAAUUCUCAACGUACCCGGUUCGUCAAAGUUGGCAUCAAUGGUUGCAAAAGGUGUUACUUCUGGUCUUGAUGCUCUUUUCCUUACAAGAUUUGGAUCUCACCGCUCUGAAUAUUGGCAAACGUUGUACUCGUCUGUUGGUUUGGGUGCCCCAUUUCUCAUACUGUGUUCGGAAAACGACGACCUUGCCCCUUAUCCAGUUAUUUGCUCAUUUGCUCAACAAGUACAGGGAUUAGGAGGACAUGUUCGACUAAUUGGAUGGAAGGACUCUCCUCACGUAGGUCACUACAAGCACAACCCCAUCCAAUACAGAGCAGCAGUAACCGAAUUUCUCGACCACUCAGUUUCAAUAUUCAGCCAAAAACUUCAAAAACUCGGUGAAAGAAACGGCAUGGAGGGCAUGCACGAUAAGAUAUGUGAAUUAAUUUGCGACCUCCAAAAAGCCGCAGUUGAUUCAAACCAAAGCCUUAGAAGAGUAGCGACUGGGCCAAACGAUCACUUCUUCUUACCAAGUUCAGCCGAGUAUCAAACCACUAAAGAAUCUGGUUCAUUACAAGAUGAACAAAGAACAACGGUCCAUUUAUCAAGUCCACCGGGCCUGAACCCACACAGUGUUCUUGGUCAAGUGCUGUUUGAUGUGUGUGUUCCUAAAAACAUCGAAGGUUGGGAUAUUAAGUUUGAAAAUAGAAAGGCGUUUGCAACCGCAGGUAAACAGUCAUCGUAUUUAAAACGCAUGAGACGAUCAAGAUUAUGAGAUGGUGAAUCUAAGGGCGAAUCUGUGACUGUUUGAUAAUAUAUGACUGGGAGCCGGUAAGGUAAAUGCGCAGUUUGGUGAUUUUGCAUGAAAUGUACAGGUAGAACGGGAUAUAGCGCGUUUUGUAAUAGAUAGUAUGUUCUAUAAUCAUUUGGAGUUAGUAAUAUGUAGUCACAUGGAUGUUUUUUUUUACUUAUGGCAAGACUAUUUUGUACGAGCUGUGUUGUUAGUUAAGAGUUUGUACAUA